UUUUGUUUAACCUCAAAAGUUUGAAUAGCCACGAAAGCCAAACGAAAGGAUGGAAUUCUUGUUAUAAUUUUCGUUAGAAAUGAAUUGAAAGAAUAUUCAUUAGUAUUCGAAAUAAUUAUAAAUAUCGUCAUGAAGUUAUCUCAUAGUUUACUUAUUUUCCUGCUAUUUUCUUUUUGCCCCUCCUACAAUAAUGCUAAAACAAAAACUAAAAGUACCAUUGACAACAUCACAGAUUUUAAAGAUUUCAAGAAAUUACUAAGAACUAAAACAAAUAUAUUGGUUUGUUUCUCUCGAUCUUUCAAAGAAUCAUCUCAGAUAAUAAAGAUAUUCAAGGAUGUAGCUGAAAGUAUUAAAGGAGAGGGUACUAUGGUCUUGGUCGAUUGUUCUGGGGAAGCUAAAAAAAUGUGUAAGAAACUGAAAGUGAAUCCAUCACCAACACUUUUACGACAUUAUAAAGAUGGUGAUUUCAAUAAAGAUUAUGAUAGAAAAGAAACUGUUAACUCAAUGCUGAACUUCAUGAGAGAUCCAACAGGUGAUAUACCAUGGGAAGAAGAUAGUACAGCUGAUGAUGUUCUACAUGUUUCUGAUUCAGCAAAUUUAGCACGUCUUAUAAGGAAAGAACAGAAACCUCUCAUGGUUAUGUUUUAUGCACCCUGGUGUGGUUAUUGCAAAACUUUAAAACCAGAAUACGCAGCAGCUGCAACUGAAUUGAGAGGAUAUUCCGUCUUAGCUGCUAUAGAUGUUAAUAGACCUGAGAACAAUGUAAUAAGAACACAUUACAAUAUUACAGGGUUUCCUACAAUGUUAUAUUAUCUAAAUGGUCAAAUGAAACAUGUCUAUGAAGGAGAAAAUAAAAAAGCAGCUAUUGUUUCAUUUAUGAAGGACCCCCAAGCACCCCCUCCUAAGGUAAAAGAGAUGUCAUGGAAUGAAACUCAAAGUGAUGUUGUACAUUUGUCCUCUGGUGAUUUUGAUUCUACUUUGAAAACACAUAAUUCAGUACUUGUGAUGUUUCACGCUCCAUGGUGUGGUCACUGCAAAACAAUGAAACCAGAAUAUGAAAAAGCAGCAGCUACACUGAAACAAGAUGGUGUUUCUGGUAUUUUAGCGGCAGUAGAUGCUACAAAAGAACAAUCAUUAGCUUCUCGAUUUGCUGUGAAAGGAUAUCCAACUGUUAAAUAUUUCUCGAAAGGUGAUCUUCGUUUCGAUGUCAAUUUUCGAGAGGCCAAUAAAAUCGUAAGUUUCAUGAAGGACCCGCAAGAACCACCACCCCCACCACCUCCAGAAGCCGCAUGGUCUGAGGAAAAGUCAGAAGUAGUGCAUUUGGAUGAAAAUGAUUACAAACCUUUCUUGAAAAAGAAGAAACAUGCUCUAGUUAUGUUCUAUGCUCCAUGGUGUGGUCACUGUAAACGGGUGAAACCUGAAUUUACUAAAGCCGCCGAUCAUUUCAAAGAUGAUCCUAGGAAGGCUUUUGUUGCUAUUGAUUGUACAACACGUCAACCACUGUGUUCUGUGAACGAGGUAUCUGGUUAUCCAACGAUAAAGUAUUUCAGUUACUUAAAUAAGGCUGUGAAGAGUUAUAGUGGUGGUCGAACGGCUGAAGAUUUUAUUACCUUCAUGAGUAAUCCAGAUAGCGCUGGUUUACCGCCAUCUCAACCCAAGAGUGUUCCUAGUAAACCAAGUGCUCCAAUUCAGACAGAUUCUCCUGCAUUGACCCUUGACAAUGAUAAUUUCAAGAAGAGUAUAGCUUCCAAAGGGCAUACUUUGGUGUUUUUCUAUGCUACAUGGUGUGGUAGUUGUAAUCAGUUCAAACCUAUUUACCAUGAUGUUGCUAGAGAAUUGGCAGGUAAAUUACCCAUACGUUUUGCUCUGUACGAUUGCACUGACGGUGGAGAUGUCAUUGAUGAGUAUGACAUUUCUCAUUUCCCAACGCUCAAACUAUUCAGAAACGGUAAGUACGAGCGUGAUUUUGACGGUAGGAGAAACCAGGAAGACCUGAAAACGUUUGUCACAAAAUGGACCAAACCUAAAGAUGAACUAUAAUGAAAUACAUUCCAUAAUGUGAUCAUGAAAUAUUGAAGGACCAAUAUUUUGUUUCUGUAUUAAUUUACGUUUCAUAGUUAAUGAGAUUAAUUGAAAUUUUUUCUAAGAUAUACCUUUUUAUAGUAUUUUUUGCUCUAAUCUUACCGAUAUGUGAUAAGGUUUUUCUACUCACUUAUUUAACUUUUUGACUUUAUUGAAGAAUUUUUGUCUACAUAGAUAAUUAUUGUGAUCUCUCAAAUGAAGUUAAUCAAAUGUUUGUUUUUGAUCUGAUUAUAUUUAUACAUUACCAUAUUGUGAAUUGAAACAUUAAAUGAAUGGUAAAUUAAAUAAAAAAGUUCUGCCAUGUUA